UCGCAUAUUUCACAUUCGCCGUACAUCAUCACGAGCGUGACGCCACCAAACCACCUCACCCUGACACAACCGCAAGAUGCAUCAGAUUGCUUGUGCAGUGAUAGUCCUCACCCUCCUGCCCCGAGGGGGGUCGGGCGAUGCUGAUGAUGCAUUUGCAAAACAAGACUGUCGCGUGGAUGCAUUUCCAACACAAACGGACUUCAGCCCUGCCGCGUACCAAGGGCAGUGGUACACUGUGGCGAUCAACCGUUACUGGAUGGAAAUUCCCUUCCUGACAAACUGGUUCCCUCCCAGUGACGUCCAGGCCGUGUACACGCUGGACGACGACGGCAACAUCGGAAUACAGACAGGUGGCUCAGGUUUACUCGGAUUUUUGUGUUCGGGCACAAAAGGACUUGGUGUGGCCCCGAACAAGGAUUUUCCACAGAAGAACAUUGUGACAUUUCCGGGGACUCUUUUUGGGUGGUUCAUCGGCGCCAAACCGUAUUGGGUUCUCCGCACAGACUACACAGGAUUCGCUGUGGUGUAUGCAUGCUGGGCACAGGUGGACGACGGGACGUGCAAACCGGGCAAGGAGUUUGUGUGGACUCUGAACCGGAACCCAGAAGGACAUACCCCCGACCAAUGGCAGCAGAUCAACGCCAUCAUCAAAGACGUGUGUAUUGACCCAUCGAAGAUGAAGCCUAUUAAACAGACUGGAAACUGUAAUAUUAAAGACAAGAAGUUGCCCAAAGACGAAGUCUAGUUUCGAUUGUAAGAAAGGGCUUGCUGGAAUGUCUGUGGAUAUACAGCGAAACCCUGUUAGUCCAGAAACCUUGCUUUCCGAAUAGAAGUGUGAGUAACGUCAACAAGUGCAUGAUGUCCAUUACACCAUGGUAGAGACGGGAUAUAUGUUCUGUAAAUGCUUCAAGGCAUGCACUAUUGUGCUUCUCUUGAAGGAGGGGCCAGCAAUGUCAGGGUGGGGCAUUACACGUCCGGAUAAACGGGUGUCUAUGUUUAAUGAGUAAGGGAAACAUGGGUUAACAUGACAUUAACUGGAGUGAGUAGGUUGUGCUCUAAGCCGGAACAUAACUGAAAGUUGUCUUGCAGAGUAUUGUAAUAUCACAUGACAACAUCCAACAAUGUUACGGAUAGAUAGAUAGAUAGAUAGAUUCCACUCUGUUACAGAUAGAUAGAUAGAUGUCAACAUUCCACAAUGUUACAGAUAAAUAGAUCGAUAGAUAGAUGGCAACAUUCCACUAUGUUACAGAUAGACAGAUGACAACAUUCCACAAUGUUACAGAUAAAUAGAUCGAUAGAUAGAUGACAACAUUCCACUAUGUUACAGAUAGACAGAUGACAACAUUCCACAAUGUUACAGAUAAAUAGAUCGAUAGAUGACAACAUUCCACUAUGUCACAGAUAGAUAGACAGAUAGAUAGAUAGAUGACAACAUUCCACUGUGUUACAGAUGGAUAGAUAGAUAGAUAACAACAUUCCACAGCGUUACAGAUGAUAGAGAGAGUAAGAAUGAUGAUUAUUUGUGUUCGCGCGAGUGUGUGUCUCUGUGUGUCUUUUUGGUGUUUGUGCGUGUGCGUGCGCGUGACCUCUUUACCUGAAUGUGGAGACGACUCCAUGUAUCACAUGAUUUCACCGACAAGUAUUGUUUCUGUUGACUGGGCAGGCAUUCAUCUUGACGUUCCACUGUGAAUAUACUCCAUUUAGUCGAUUUUUUUAUGUUGACAUUUUGCAUUGUUGUGUAGAAACGUGUUUCAGUUGUCGUUUAAAUAAAAAAAGAGAAAAGAG